AUGUCCGACUCAGAACAAACUCAAGCACCAGAGCACAUCAACAUUAAAGUCGUCGAUGGUAAAGGUAGUGAGGUGUUCUUCAAAAUCAAAUCAUCAACAAAACUCGGCAAACUUAUGGACGCCUACGCCGAACGAGCUGGACAUAUGAAGAGCUCAGUUAGGUUUAUGUUUGAUGGCAUCAAAGUGAAGCCAGAAAACACGCCGUUGGACCUCGAUAUGAACGAUAACGAUACGAUCGAAGUCAUGAUUGAGCAGGUCCGCACUCUGCCUGACCAGUCGGCGGUGCACACCUACCUCGGUGGUCACCAUAAGUCUCAAACCUUUCCAAAUCCUUAA